AGUUGUAAGUUUUGAUCUCCCGUGAAGGUGGAGUUUUCUACUGCAUCACACGCACUUGAUGCUGCCGCCGCUCUCAGCGCCGAGGCUGUUGUCCUGAAACCAGAAGGACAUCAGGAGCAGGAAGCUGCAGAAAGACGCAGCCAGCAGCGUUUUGCGACAUUUUCACUCUUACUUUGAAAAGCAGCGAACUGCCAAGAAAGAUGCGUUCAACGCACAGGUGAAAGAACAGCGAACUUCUGCACAGCUGCAACUUUCUUUUAAUCCCAUUUCUCGUGGAUUUGGUUGAUGUUUUCUUUGAGGUUGUAGUUUGAAAUAACCGAGAGAGAGAGACACCGCAGUUGUUGAAAUCUUAUUUUUGGGGGAGGGAGGUGGGGAGAAAGCGAUGUCUCGCAAGAAGGCAGCCAAAGGCAAAGCCCCUAACAGCAGCCCGUCAGCUGGCAGCCCAGGCGGGAAAGGCGUCGGGAAAGCUGCGAGGAGCAGCCCGAGCAUUGUUCAGAUGAACGGCGUGGUGCAUCCCAGCAGACCCUCCAUCAGCAGCAGCAACGAGUUUUAUGACAUCGCUUUCAAGGUUAUGCUUGUCGGUGACUCCGGAGUUGGGAAAACCUGCCUGCUGGUCCGUUUCAAAGACGGGGCUUUCCUUGCCGGCAGCUUCAUCUCCACAGUGGGAAUCGACUUUAGGAACAAAGUGCUGACCAUUGAUGGAGUCAAGGUGAAGCUGCAGGUAAGUGAUUCACCAUCAAAAUGUAAGUUUAGAGAAAAUGAAAAGUGUUUUCAACRUAAUCCAUGUUUGUGUAUUUCAGCUCUGCUCUUGCUGUAUGACGUCACCAACAGAUCAUCUUUUGACAAUAUACAGGCAUGGCUGACUGAGAUCCAUGAAUAUGCCCAACAAGACGUGGUGCUCAUGCUGCUUGGAAACAAGGCUGAUGCCACUCAUAACCGGGUGGUGAAGAGAGAAGAUGGCGAGAAGCUCGCUAAGGAGUUUGGGGUUCCCUUUAUGGAGACCAGCGCCAGGUCAGGACUGAAUGUGGAGCUGGCUUUCACUGCUGUGGCCAAGGAGCUGAAGCAUAGGUCCAUGAAGGAUCCCAGUGAAAAGUUUAAGCUGCAUGAGUACGUGAACAAGGAGAUGAAGGGCGCCGGCUGCUGCAGGACCUAAACGGCUGAAAACGUGC